AUGACCGUCGACAAGGCUUCCACCUGCUGCGGCAAGAGCGCCGAGUGUAUCUGCGCCCAGCAAGCCAAGUGCUCCUGCGGCAAGCAGUCUGCCCUUCACUGCACUUGCAGCAAGGCCUCUACAGAGAACUCCGUCGCCGGCCCGCGCUGUUCGUGCCGCGCCCGCCCGGCCGGUGAUUGCACUUGCGAUCGCGCCUCUAGCGAGAACACCAAGCCUGCCGGCGAGACCUGCGCUUGCGGCGUUCGCCCAGCCAACGCCUGCACGUGUGACAAGGCGUCCGACGGAUCCUACAACCCCAGCGAGCACGAGACCGACUUCACGACCCGUCGAUGA